GGCACCAAAACCAUAAACCCUAAUUUUAGUCAAGUUCAUCGAUUUUGUGUCGACAGUUUUCAUUUUUCUAUUACAUUAAUACCUCUUCUCCGUUGCUACUGCUGAAUUUGUGGAGAUAAUGGGGAAAAGUCGGCGUAAACAGAAGACUAUACCUCCACCGCAGCUUCCUCCGGAUGUUCCCGAAGAGGAUAUUGAGUUUUCCGACGAGGAUUUGAAGUUCGUCGAAGAGAACACUGACUACGCCCGAUUCGUCACUCGAAUUGACACCGGUGCUAUCAACAGGCAAUGCAGCCUUAAACCAAAGACAGUGGAAGAUAAGUAUCAGGAAGAACGAUCAAAGAAGAAGGCACAACAAGAAGGGAAAGGGAAUAAUGAGAUCCAAGUGGAUCCUGUUGAUGUGCUCCCUGUCAAGACUUUAGAUGGAAAACUCCAUUAUCGAACGGUGUUAAAGACAUCAAAACUUGCUGAUGGCGACACAGAAGAACUAGAAAAGGAUGCUUUUGAAGAUGAAAAUACAUUGAACAAAUCUCAAAGGAGAGCAAAAGCUAAAAAGAGUAAAAAAGAGGCAAAGAAACAAGAGAAGGAAUUUCCUGAGGAGAUCGUACAAGAGGAAGAAACACCUCAAGCAGCUGUUCUGGCAGAAGUGAAAGAAGAACUAUCUGCUGAAGAGACGUUUGAAAAUAAAAAAAACAAACUCGCGGAGCUGGGAAUGCAACUACUAUCUGAUCCAGAGGCAAACAUAAAAUCCUUAAAGGAAAUGUUAGAGAUCUCCAAAGACGAGAAUACAAAGAUAGUGAAACUUGGCUUGUUAUCUGUGUUGGCCGUAUUCAAAGAUAUUAUUCCUGGCUAUCGGAUUAGACUUCCUACAGAAAAGGAGCUCGAGAUGAAGGUCUCAAAGGAAGUAAAGAAAACCCGGUUCUAUGAGUCAACUUUAUUAAAAGCGUACAAGGCAUAUCUGCAAAAAUUGGUUGUAUUAGAAAAGCAGUCAGUAUAUAACCAAGUUGCCACUCGGUGCCUUUGUACAUUGCUAGAUGCGGUUCCUCACUUCAACUACCGUGAUAACUUGUUAAUUUCUGUUGUCAGAAAUAUUAGCUCCCCAGACGAAGUCGUAAGGAGACUCUGUUGCUCUACCAUUAGGUCUCUUUUUUCCAAUGAAGGAAAACAUGGUGGUGAGCUGACCGUGCAAGCUGUACGCUUGAUUGCUGAUCAAGUCAAAUCUCAAAAUUGCCAACUUCAUCCUAACUCUAUUGAGGUGUUCAUGUCCAUACGCUUUGACGAGGAUAUUGGAAAGCGUGACAGAGAGGAUGAAAAUAAGAAAUAUAGGAAAAACAAUAAGAGAAAUAAGCAAGAGGAGCAAAAUCAAGUGCAGGAAAAUGAGAGGAAGAAAUCGAAGCGAGAAAUGAUGUCUAAGAUCAGAGACGAGGUUGCUGCUGAUUACAAGGGUGUUACCUAUGAACCGGAUGCUAUGGAGCGGCGAAAGAUGCAGAUAGAGACACUUUCUGCUGUUUUUGAGACCUAUUUCCGUAUCCUGAGAAAUACAAUGUAUUCUAUCGGCGAAAGCACAGAAGCAGACACAGCUACAAAUCCUGGUGCCUUUGGAUCACACCCUUUGCUUGCUCCAUGCUUGGAUGGGUUGGCAAAAUUCACCCAACAAUUGGACUUGGACUACAUUGGGGAUCUCAUGAAUUAUCUAAAGAAGCUUGCUUCUAGCAGUAGUGUGUCUAACAACUCAAAGCAGAAGAACUCAAAACUGUUGACAGUAUCUGAACGGCUAAGGUGUUGCCUUGUCGCCUUCAAAGUCAUGAGGAGCAACUUAAAUGCCUUGAACGUUGACUUACAAGACUUCUUUGUCCAGCUUUACAACCUCCUCCUCGAGUACCGCCCUGGAAGAGAUUCAGGUGAAGUGUUGGCCGAGUCUUUGAAGAUAAUGUUGUGCGACGACAGACAUCAAGACAUGCAAAAGACAGCCGCUUUUGUAAAACGUCUAGCCACGUUCGCAUUAUGCUUUGGCUGUGCCGAGUCUAUGUCAGCGCUUGUCACCGUGAAAAAUCUCCUCCAGAGGAACGUCAAAUGCAGGAACCUUCUAGAGAACGAUGCUGGAGGCGGCUCUGUUUCCGGUUCAAUCGCAAAAUAUCAGCCAUACGCCACAGAUCCCAACUUAAGCGGGGCUUUAGCAACAGUGCUCUGGGAGCUCAAUCUCUUGACCAAACAUUAUCAUCCGGCGAUCUCAACGAUGGCUUCAACAAUCUCCGGCAUGAACACUUCUCAGAAUCAAACGUUUCUUUCUGCGGUGACUCCACAACAGGCGUUUGCAGAUUACUCUCUUGCAAAGGAAUCGUUUGAGCCUAAGAACGAGUCCCGGAAAUUGAACAACAAACUGAAACGAGAGAGUUGUGGUGACGAAACUAAGAAUGUUCCGGAAGUCGACAUGGUUGUGCUCAACAAGAAGUUGAGAGAGAGUUUUACUAUUCUUCGAGAUAUAGAAGAGGACGAGAGAGUGAGAAUGGAGAAGAAAAAACUUCUGAAGAAACAGAUUAACGUGGUGAAGAAGAAACUUAAGAACCCUAAAUAUAAGAAGAAAAAUUGAAGAACACUUUUUUUUUCCAAUUUAAUGUUAUACAUUGCUUAAAGAUUAUAAAUGCAUCAUUUAAAAUUUUGUUCAAUCUACUUUUGA